AUGGCGCAGAAUAUCGAUUUCAAUGCGCUCAGGGCGCGCACUCUGGGGUCCGGGAAUGAUGAAGAGGCGGUCACAGUGGACACACGGGGUCUGAUUUCGAAAGUGCUUGCACGAUACUCUGGCAAAUGGACUGUUUUGCGUGAAAUGAUACAAAAUGCCGCGGAUGCGAACGCUAAGAAAGUGACCAUUAAAUUCGAGACAAUACCUUCAACGACGGUACCCCUGCCUCCAGCCGCCGAUGAAAACACCUUGAUCAAGCAUAGCCUCUCCCAUCAUACCCUCAAACGCCUCCUGAUUUCGAACAAUGGUCUGCCUUUUAGUGAAAAGGAUUGGUCGAGACUGAAGCGCAUCGCCGAUGGAAAUCCCGAUGAAACCAAAAUUGGAGCAUUUGGUGUCGGUUUCUACAGUGUCUUCGAUGAUUGCGAAGAACCAUUUGUAUCUUCGGGUAAAGAAGCAAUGGCUUUCUAUUGGAAAGGAAAUGCACUCUUCACCCGCCGAUUGCAGCUGAACGAAGACGCGAAUCCCGAGACCACGUUUGUUCUGGACUAUCGCAACGACACUACGCCUGUCCCUUCAUUGAUGCAGUUAUGCCAGUUUCUAUCUAGCAGUCUUACCUUUGUCAGCCUUGAAGGUAUAGAACUAUGGCUAGAUGACUGGAGGUUGCUGCAACUCUCAAAGAAGACAGCCCCAAGCGUCGAUUUGGUCAUUCCACGAGAUAUCGAUACGAAGACACCUCAGGGGCUGAUGAAAAUUCAAUCAGUUACUCAGGAGGUCGCUCAGGUGGAUGCUGAGUGGAUGCGAGUCGUUGAAUGGAAACCAAAUGCAAGCAUCUUUAGCGAGGGCCUGCGUGACACGACGGGCUCGUUGCGCACCUUCUUUUCACGACUCACUGGCCAGAAAGGCUCAGAAAAGCCGGCGAAAUCCGAAAACAAUGAUGCCACAAGUGACAUCGGCGAAAUGAUCCAGACUUUGAAGGCUUCUGUCUUCCUUCAUAUCAAUACUGCUAGCAUUCAGGCGUCUGUUAGUCAAUCUCUGAGCAGCGAACUUGAAAGAGCUACACGGAAGCCGCCACCGAAAAGGUCUACAAUCGCUAUUUUAACACCCUCGUACGAUACCACUUUAGCCUCCAGGGCUUCCGGCCUAAAUUCUGAAAUCCUUGCCUCCAUACUUCCUUCCAAAGCUGGAAGGAUCUUCAUAGGUUUCCCCACACAUCAAACAACAGGCCUCAAUGCCCAUAUAUCUGCACCUUCCGUGAUUCCCACGGUCGAGCGGGAGAGUAUAGAUCUCAAUACUCGCUAUAUCAGCAAGUGGAACCUUGAGAUGCUGAGGGCGGCCGGCAUUGUCUGUCGCAUUGCCUGGACUGCGGAAAUGGCAUCAAUCAGAUCCAGGAUACAUCCUGGGAAGAACAAUUUCAACUCAGCUAAGGUCCGCAAAGAUGAUAUCAUUGAUGUUCUUCCCGAGGCUAUUCAUACAGCCAAUCAAUUCGUGUUUCGCGAGUCGACUCCAUCUUCGGUGCUAGGGCAGACAAUUGAGGAUGCGUUCUGGACGUGCAACAAAAGCUCGUCGAUCGAGAUCCUUUCGACAUGCGGUGUCAUCCAGAGCCACCAGGCGCGCAUCGCUCCCAGAGACCUUAGCUUUAUGGAUUCGAUUCCAGUUUUGCCGGACGCGUUCGUAUCAGGUGCUAAGGAGUUCGUCAAGAAACUGACGGACUUCGGGCUAGUGACUGAGAUCACUGUGUCCGAUAUCAAGAAAGAGUUGGAGCUCACCACACUACGUUCUAAUCAGGUCAAUGAGUUCCUUAUGUGGCUUAGUCGAAAGGCUGCUGCAGGUCAGCUCGAUGCUUACUCCGUUCAAAGUAUCCUCAGUGUCGCAGUAGCAAGCGACGAAGACAACGCUGAAUCACAAGCUAAGUUGAUUGUCUUUGCGGGGAUUGAAAGCUUUUUGAAUCCUCAGAAGAUACCAGCGAGCUUGCCAUUGCCACCUUCUGUGGCACCUUUCAAAUUCACGAAGUCUCUUGGGAACAGAGAGCUGGAAGCACUGGGAUGGACAGAGCUGCAAGUAGUCACCUGGGUCCUCUGGCUCGUCAACAACGCGGGAAAUCGGAGUAUUCUCUUAACAGAGCAUGAUAUUACCCAGAACCCAUCCUUCUCUGCGCAGGUUCUUCCUGUUUUGUCGAAACAGUGGGAGUACUUUAGUCCCACAUCGAAGCAAACAGUGAGCAACGUGCUGCAGUCGAAAACCAUUAUCCCAACCAAAUUAGGAAUGAAGACUCCCCCCGAAACUUAUUUCUCUUCUGUCCGACUGUUCAAUGACCUUCCUAUUAUUCAUGGUCUUAACGGCGUUAAGGAGAAGUUUCUGGCGUCGUUGGGGGUUCGUAAAACUGUCGAACUCGGGGUCAUUUUUGAACGUCUGUUGAACCCAUCCGAGUCGUCGGAUGCGGCGAACACCAACCAGCGAAAAUGGAGCCAUGUUGACUUGAUACGAUACCUUGCCUCUGUUCAAGCAGAUAUUCCAGCGAAUGAUAUCAAGAAGCUCAAAAAUACAAGCUUGUGUCCUGCUGAGAACCGGGAUAGUCUUGCUGCUAAAGACUCCGAAAGCACAGUGCCAAAGCGCUACAAGAUCUUUGAACUAUUUGAACCCAAGGAUUCACUUAGGGCCCUUGAGAUGCCUAUCAUCGAGUGGCCAGGCAAUUUUCAACCCAACAGCAAUGAGGGCAAAUUUCUAUCUAUGCUUGGAUUGAGGGCUUUCCCAUCAGCUGCAGACUUGGUUGAUAUCAUGGCGAGAGCAGCCGCAGAGAAGAACUGGGCUUUGCACACAAGGGCCAUGUCAUAUUAUAUCGCCGAAUACCAUACCACUGGGUAUGCUACAUUUGACUGUGGAGCGAUCAAGGUUCCAUUUCUUCCUGUUGAAGGAUCGGACACUCUAUGUACUCCGGGCCAAUGCUUUACUGACGAAGGUGCUACCCUGUUUGGCUUCAAUAUCCUCCGGAAGGACCUCCAUCCUCACGCUUUGAAGUUCGGAGUCAAGGAACACCCUGCUAUGAGCGACUGUUUGGAGUGUCUCAUACGCCUGCCGCCAUCGACGAAACGAGACGCGAGAGUGGUUUUCAAGUACCUGGCCGGAAGGGUGUCGGAACUUAAAUCUCGGGAUAUUGAGCGGGUUGGUAGUGCUCAAAUUGUACCCGUCUCGACCACCCAUGAUACAACAGACAAAAUUGCUUCUGUGCGACGCGUGGCGCCCAGGCUUUGCUACCUAGGGGAAGGCGAGGACUACAAGGACAUAUUUGAUUUCGUUGAUUUCGGCCAGGACGCUAACCUGUUCCUCAUGGCAGUGGGCUCUAAGCGUGAGCCAACGAAGACAGAGCUUGCGCACAUGUUGAUUAAAGAACCUGCAAGAGUAUCAGCCACAUUUCAGAGCGCAGAAAGGUAUCUAAAGUUGCUUAGGACACUUGCCGAGCAUCUAUCAGUGCUCAAGAAGGAUCGUGAAUUGUUCCAGGAGAUGAAGAGAUCUGCUUUUCUCCUAUCUAGCAGAGACAUAACUUCCUUUCCUCAGGAAAAGGCUAGCAAGAAUGUUGCGGGCAACUCAGAUGACGAAGACGAUGAGCAAAGCAUCAAAGAGUGGACUUUGACUGUCGCCAAGGAUGCUGUGGUUGUGGAUGACUUCCAGAGUUUUAAUUUGUUCAAGGAACACGUUUUGGCCGCUCCACAAGAAGAGCUUCUGGAGAACUUCUACCUGUCUUUGGGAGCACUGCCACUAAGCGGGCUCGUCGAAGAGCGUGCUCACUGGGGCGCGGUGGCAGCUGAUCAACGUCCAGCAGCCAAGCUACAAAAGCUGAUUAACGAACGCGUGAGGCUCUUUCUGCAUGAUCAGUCCACAGACUCCAUACGACAUGAUGUGCGCUGGCUCGAGAAACAUCUUCAUGUCCAAGUGGUACAGUCCAUUUCUCUCACGCGAUCUCUCAAGGGACGGCGCAUAUCUCAUACACAAAAGCGAAGUGCAAUCAUCACCCAACAGCCCUCGCGAAACUGGAUGCUGUGGAUUUGUCCGGGGAAAUACGACUUGUAUGAAAUCAGUCAGGCCCUGGUGCAUCUCAUUCUUGCUAGACCGAAGCUUCAUUCGACCCUGACUCUGGAAAUGCUACUGAAGACCGACCUUCUGGAGUUGAAAGCUCGCGGAUACAAUGUGGAACGUAUUCUCAAGCAGAAGGCACAAGAAGCUAGGAUGGCAGAAGAUAGGCGACAGAAGCAGAUGGAGGAGGAACGGCAGCGCUUGCAGGAGAGAGAAUCCGCAUGGGCUCAAGAACAGGCUCAUGUGCGGAGUCAGAGUCAGACACAAUCGCACCCUAAUGGGGAUAACCGGCAACUCAUUCCAGGAGACUUCCCAGAUUCUCCCUCGAAUAGAAAUUCCACCCGGGAUAUGCAACCCGAGAGCUUAGAUCAGGUCCAAGACCAGAAGCCGCGCGGAUUUUUAGCCAAUUUGACCAAGCGCUUUGGGCUUGAGGGUAACCGGUCACCUUGGAAUGCACUCAAUGGGGAAUCUUCCAAUACCGCCCCCGCUGAACAUGCCACACCUCCUCCGCCUUAUUCUGCUCAGGAUCCACAGCAAAAGUCUCGUCCGGAAGCACCUGUUGCCGUCAACUCUCCUCAUCGUCUUCAGUCUGAACUACUUUCGGCCGUUAAAGCUUGUCGACCUCAUGGCUCGUCCGGUGUCUAUACCCGACCACAGACCAACCAGGUCACCGAAACCAAGUCUUACUGCGAUGAGAAACCGAGCCAUGAUCUGGAAUUUGUGGCGACUCUAGCUUGCGGCAUUCAUGUGCUGUUUGUCAAGACCCUUCCAGAUCGCUCCACCUUCCUGGCGAAGAACAGCCUUGGAAUCAACGUCUUCGCAUCACUGUUGAUCGACUGUGCCGAUAUCUUCUCACUACGAUUCGAUAUUAUCAGUGUUUUCUACGACCCUGGAAAGACCAUUGCUUUCAACCGGGCGGGUAGCAUAUUUUGCAACUAUUUCUUCUUCCAGCAGCUGCACGAGAAGCAACUACUCCAAAACCCUGACGGCGCACGAUCCGAAGCACUGGUCUAUUGGUGGGUGAUUCUGUGUCAUGAACUGGCGCAUAAUCUCGUGGAAGACCACAGCUCGGCACAUAGCUUCUACACUGAGGGAUUCGUCGCCCAGUACUUUCCCAAGGUGGCAACCAAGCUUGUGACCCCAAGACCCCAGGUCAGGGAAGCUGAAACCUCAAGCGGAUGAUAAUCAUAGAACCCCCUCUCGUCUCAUCAGCCGCCUCUUUGGUUAAUUGGGCAGAUAGGUAGACACUUGCUGCAUACCCAAUCUAGCAGCAUGGAAGUUGGUUUGGUUCUGAAUACUAGUGCCCAAUCACAGAUAAUGCGGGUGUUCAGUAGAAUCUUCAAG